UCUGCUACAAAUUUGGGAAGGGAGGUUUUGUCCUCCCAGUCCGAAGUUUACUGUUGUGUCUUGCACUUGUUUUUUUGUUGUUGUUUUUUUCUCCCAUUCGCCUCCAUGUUUUCCUUUAUGCAAGUUUUUAAUCUGAAAGUGUUGGGAGUGAUCGUACAGAUUGUGGGUUUUUAGUCUCUCUUUUUUUUUUGGCUGUGCAUUUUCUCCCCCCCUUACUGUAGAUCAGCAUUAAGGGUUGCUGCUUCGUAAAUAUAUAUUUUUUUAGACUUGAGAAGAGUGUUCGGUUUUGUUUGAGAGUGGGUUUUGGUGUUGAGAAAAAUGAGUUCUUUCAAACUGGAUUUCCUGCCUGAGAUGAUGGUGGAUCACUGUAAUCUAAACGCUAGUCCUGUCGCCAAGAAGAUGAACGGGACGCUGGACCACCCUGACCAGCCCGACAUCGACGCCAUCAAGAUGUUCGUGGGGCAGAUCCCCAGGACCUGGUCCGAGAAGGAGCUGCGGGAGCUGUUUGAGCCGUACGGCGCCGUGUACGAGAUCAACGUCCUCCGGGAUCGGAGUCAAAACCCACCGCAGAGCAAAGGUUGUUGUUUUGUAACUUAUUAUACACGUAAAGCAGCAUUGGAAGCACAAAACGCCCUUCACAACAUGAAGAUCCUGCCGGGGAUGCAUCACCCUAUUCAGAUGAAGCCGGCGGACAGUGAAAAGAACAAUGCGGUGGAAGACAGGAAGUUGUUCAUAGGAAUGAUUUCAAAGAAGUGUAAUGAAAACGACAUCAGGCUCAUGUUCUCACCCUACGGACAGAUUGAGGAAUGUAGAAUAUUGCGCGGACCAGAUGGGUUGAGUCGAGGAUGUGCUUUUGUUACCUUUACAGCAAGACAAAUGGCACAGUCAGCUAUAAAAGCAAUGCACCAGUCACAGACUAUGGAGGGCUGCUCCUCCCCUAUUGUGGUGAAGUUUGCUGACACACAGAAGGACAAAGAACAGAAGAGAAUUGCACAGCAGCUUCAGCAGCAGAUGCAGCAGCUCAAUGCUGCCUCCAUGUGGGGGAAUCUUACAGGCCUCAACUCCCUGGGGCCACAGUAUCUAGCACUUUAUUUGCAGCUCCUUCAGCAGUCUGCUUCUUCUGGGAACCUGAAUGCACUCAGCAACCUUCAUCCAAUGACAGGACUAAAUGCAAUGCAGAAUCUGGCUGCUCUGGCGGCUGCAGCCAGCGCCACACAGAGCACUCCCACUGGCUCAAACGCGCUCACUACUUCAAGCAGCCCCCUCAGUGUGCUCACCAGCUCAGCUGGGUCCUCCCCCACGUCUAGUACCAACUCUUCAGUGAACCCGAUGGCGUCACUGGGGGCGCUCCAGUCCCUGGCCGCUGGGGCCACAGCAGGGCUCAAUGUUGGGUCUCUAGCAGGGAUGGCCGCCCUGAACGGAGGCCUGGGCAGCGGCGCCCUCUCGAACGGCACGGGCAGCACCAUGGAGGCCCUGACCCAGGCGUACUCGGGGAUCCAGCAGUACGCGGCGGCGGCGCUGCCCACGCUCUACAACCAGAGCCUGCUCACGCAGCAGAGCGUCAGCGCCGCGGGGAGCCAGAAGGAAGGUCCGGAAGGGGCGAACCUGUUUAUUUACCAUCUACCCCAGGAAUUUGGAGACCAGGAUCUUCUCCAGAUGUUCAUGCCGUUUGGAAACGUCAUCUCUGCCAAGGUGUUUAUUGACAAGCAGACAAACCUCAGCAAAUGUUUUGGUUUUGUAAGUUACGACAAUCCAGUCUCGUCUCAGGCGGCCAUUCAAUCCAUGAACGGUUUUCAGAUCGGCAUGAAGCGACUGAAAGUCCAGCUAAAACGAUCCAAAAAUGACAGCAAGCCAUACUGAGCGUUUUUCUCUCAAAUGGACUUGGUUAGAAAAUGUUUCCUGGUAAGUUGAGAGUGGAAAGAUAGAUGACCCCUUGCAUAUUAUUGGAGCUCCACUUGCUGGGGUUGCUGUUAUUCUCUGUAGUCACAAAACAAAUGUUAAAAUUAAGAUUUUGUUCUAUUUAAAUAACAGAUACGUUUUUUUUCUGUUGUGGUUUUCAACUUUUUAAAAAAAAAACUGUACUUUUUUUUUCUUUUUUUAAGUUAAAGUGCCAUAUCAUAUAGAAGUUUGCGGUGUAACAGUUAUUAAAGUUGUUAGGCAUGUUACACAAAGAAAGCCAGUAGCCAUAAUAAAUGUCUUCUGCUUUUAACCCCUGAA